CUGAGAUACGAUUUGUAAAACAAUAUAUAAACUCUAAAGCCUUCAAUUGCUCCAUCGUUAGUGUUUCUCCAAUCAUGAAACUGGUGGGAUUGUUUGUGGUUUGUUUGGUGGCUGCCGUCACGGCUGCUCCUGGACGCGAUUACAUCGAACUUGCGCGUGGCGGUCGCGUCGUCGGAGGCACCAAUGCGGAACCCAACGAAUUCCCAAGCAUUCUCUCCAUGCAGCGGUUGAUCCUGACAGCGUCAGCUCACAUCUGCGGAGCCUCCAUCAUCAACCCGGGCUGGGCGAUGACUGCUGCCCACUGUAUUACGGAGUCACCUGCUGGAGCCCGAUUCACUGUCUGGGCCGGAGCCCAUAACAUCGGUAUAGCGGAAGGAAACCGACAGGUUGUGAACGUCGCUGAUUCGAUUGUCCAUCCGGAUUAUCUGGGAGGAGUUAACCCAUCUGACAUCGCCGUUUUACGCCUGGAAAGCACUCUAACUAUCAACCAGUUCGUUCAACCUUCGGUGCUUCCCGCACAAGGGGAUUUGGCCACUCCCGGACCGGCAACUCUGGCAGGAUGGGGUAGUACAUCUACGAGUAUUAUUCCCAGUAUGCCGGUAAUCCUCCAGAAGGUCGAGAAACCGAUCAUUGAUUACGACACUUGUGAGGAGGCAAACGGUGGAGCAGGAAAUUCACCACUCGGACCAACCAACGUUUGCACGGGACCACUAACCGGUGGAGUUUCCGCUUGCUCGGGUGACUCCGGUGGUCCACUGUACGUGAUCGAGAAUGGUGUCCAGACCCAGGUCGGUAUCGUUUCCUGGGGAUGGAUGCCGUGCGGUUCCGUCGGUCGCCCCUCCGUUUAUGUUGGCGUUGCGAGCUAUCGCUCCUGGGUAGACGCACAGCUGAGCUAGAGAGAGCUUGUGUACGAUUCGGAACAAUAAAUGGAAAACUGUUUUGAAGUUUGAUUCUUA